AUGGCCGCCAGAUCUACUGGCAUUCGAAGCUCCUUGUGGGGGAGGAUGCUGGUGUGGGGGAGGGGUGCCGCCAGGCACCACUGCCCAGCUCCAGCUAAUGAGGUAGCAACGCCGCCGCCAAAGCCGAAGCUGAAGCAAUCAACCGAUGGGCCGGGGCUGAGGACCCCCUCGCUGUCGCCGUCGGUUCAGGUGUCCGGGCACUCUCUACACGAUCUACUGCUGCUGUCCACGCCAUCCCCGAGCUCUCGCCGCCACCGGUCAAGGACCCGUGGGGCCGUCGGGACGAGCGUGGACGAGAGCCUGGAGAUUGUUGCAGUGGUGGGGACGCCCACGCCGCCAAGGCGGAGGCGGCACGGGGGCACAGAGCAGUGCGUGGCGCCCGCUCUAGCAUCCCCGAGGAAUGCACAAUGGGCGAGGCGGAGGUUGGAGAAGGACGUCGAGGCAGUGGAGGAGGACGCUGCUAGGAGGGCCCACAGGAGGAAAUCCACAAGGGCUGCGCUGAAAGCUGCAGCGGCCACUGACAAGGCAGCGGCGGUGCUGAACGAGGACGAUACAACCAUGGCUUUGGUCCCGGCUUGUCCUGUUGCUACCUACGGAACUGACUUCGUGGAACAAUCUGAGUUGGAAGGUCUCUGGGAAAGGAUCGUUGAGUUGGUGAUGUGGAGGAACGUGGCUAAAUCAGCACUCUGCCCAAUCUCAGCUCUCAGUCACCUCGACGUUAUGAUCUUAGGCUUAGCUUUCUUUAAGGAUUCUAUUCCUCAGAGGCCACAGGUGGAGAAUAAGAGAAGCUUCCAGUUGACUGAAGAUGUGCUUCUUGCUUCUCAAGCUGUGCUUCUGAUUGCAAACUCCAUGUUAUCCGCGGCACAAGUGAUCUUCUCUUGUGAACCCUCAAUGAAUCUCAAAGUACUGCCUGUACUUUUGUUCGGUGCUAAAUAUGGGGGCCUUCUUACAGUGUGGAGGCUUGUAGCUGCAGGAUUUUUCACCAGUUUUACAGUCCCAAAGCUAUAUAGCUGUUAUUCAAGUCAAAUUCAUAAAAGAGCCUUUGUUUCACUUGUAAUGCUGCUCUAUAAUCAAAAGUACCACAAGGCGAACAUAACGGCACAAGUUGGAAGUCGACGAGAUGAGCAAGGGCAGACAAUGGAGAUGGAUGACUAA